GCACCUUCUUGGCAGGAAAAACUUCGCUUGCGAAUGGUAGAGCGCAAUGCAAGAGAAUCUGUAUACGCGUCUGUGAUUGAACAGUAUCGAAGACUAGCACAGCAAACUAAACUACUAAAGGAGCGCAAUGCGUCUCUGCUGAAGGCAGUAGGGUCUGUUCGCGCAAAUACAAAUAGUUCAGUGCCUGUCGUCCCAGGAGCAGACGCUGAAGAGUGCGCUAUGAAGUUUGUGGCACAUCGAAAAGCUUACUGAAUUUUAGUAUAUUUAGCUAUCCGGUUCGAGCAGCCUAUAUGGCCUCACUCGAGUCUCAAAUCUCAUCACUUCGUGACGAACUAGCAACAGUUUACAAAACGCAGGGCCAGAAUGCUCAGCGUCUUCUAGCAAUGAAUGAGACUCUAAGGGAGAAAGAGGAGCUAUGUCGUUCUGACUCGGAGAAUUUGAGGCAAGCACGAGAAGAAGUUAUUAUGUUCAAGCGGAAAGUAGACCAACAUAAUGAGCUUAUGUUAGAGAAAGACCGGACGGCUCAGAUACUACACGACGAAAUAAGUACAUUGCAGCUUGAACUUGGGCAAAUCGAAGAACGUAAUCAGAUGCUCACGAAAGACAACGCAAAGCUUCUCCAGCGGUGGCUCGACGAUAAGCAGGCUCAGGUAAACAGGAUGAACGAAGCGAAUGAAUUUUAUGAGGACAUGCGUUCAAGGCAUCAAGCCGUGCUUAACUGGAUGGAUAGUGAUUCUGACAGUCGCAUUACGGAGCACAAAGAGAGAGGGGGGAAUAUCGAUAUAGAUGCCAGUACUUGUGACUGCAUUAUCGACAACGGGAACGAAAUAAGAGCUGAAAGCGAGAUGUAGUAGACCACUAGUGUUGGAAUUCGAGAAUGUGAAAAUAUUGUGUAGCUGUGACACCUCAGUCAGCUUUUCUCAGUAUCAAUAGUAGUCACUCAGAUGGAAUUCUUUG